GACCACCUCCGGUCAACGUCACCGCGCACGGCGGACCACCUCCGGGUGACGUCACCGCGCCGUGUGGCGUGACGUCAGCGCGCAGGCGUGAGGAAGAUGGCGGCGUGGGGCUGAGAGUUUUCUGCAGCGUGAGGCGCCAUCGCGGGGUAGAGACGAGACGAGGUGGACGAGACGAGGUGGACACCAGGAGGAGGAGGUGGACACGACGAGGAGGAGGUGGUAGAGACGAGGUGGACACGAGGAGGAGGUGGAGCGAGCGUCGCUCGAGAGACGCGAUCAUGGAGGCCGCCGACACCACCACAACCACAACCACCACCACCACGCGCUCUGGGCGCCGACUGCGAUCGGUGAUGCCCCGUCGCUACGACGACGGGGACGUCUCGGACGACGAGAUCGAGGGCAAGCGGAGCUUCGACCUGGAGGAGAAGCUGCGGAGUGGCCGCUACGACGCUCACUUUGUCAGCAGCAUGCACGGAGCAGACUUCACCUACCGCUACAUACAGGAGGAGGGGCUCCGCACGCCGCUCGUCUUCACCAAGCCGGACGGACUCAACAUGAAAAUGCCUGGGAAGGACUUCAGUGUCAACGAUGUCAAGAUGUACGUGGGCAGUCGGCGCAUGGUGGACGUGAUGGACGUGACCACCCAGAAGGGCAUUGAGAUGACGAUGAGUCAGUGGGCGCGUUACUACAACACGCCAUCCGCUCAGCGGGGCAAACUUUACAACGUCAUCUCCCUCGAGUUCAGCCACACACGCCUGGAGUCGCUGGUUCAACGCCCUGCCGUGGUGGAGCAGGUGGACUGGGUUGACACGAUGUGGCCACGGCACCUGAAGGAGAACCAGAAGGAGUCCACCAACGUCAUAGCACAGAUGAAGUACCCCAAAGUGCAGAAGUACUGCCUGAUGAGUGUCCGUGGCUGUUUCACCGACUUCCACAUCGACUUUGGGGGCACCUCUGUCUGGUACCACAUCCUGCGUGGUGGCAAGGUGUUCUGGAUGAUCCCCCCCACGCAGCGGAACCUGGAGCUGUAUGAGAGUUGGGUCCUGUCGGGGAAACAGGGCGACGUCUUCCUGGCGGACCGCGUGGAGGCCUGCCAGCGCAUAGCCCUGCACACCGGUUACACAUUCGUCAUUCCCUCAGGCUGGAUCCACGCCGUGUACACACCUGAGGAUGCGUUGGUGUUCGGGGGAAACUUUCUGCACAGCUUCAAUAUCCCCAUGCAGCUGCGCAUCUACGCCAUCGAGGAUAAGACGCGGGUACCUGCCAAGUUCCGCUACCCGUUCUACUCGGAGAUGGCGUGGUACGUGCUGGAGCGAUACGCUUACUGCCUCACGGGGCGCUCCCACCUGGUGCCUGACUACCAGCUGCAGUCGUUCGUCGUGGACGUGCAUGCUGGGAGCCGGGGACCGGGCGGCCGUGGUGAGCGUGGUGGUGAGCGUGGUGGUGAGCGUGGUGGUGAGCGUGGCGUUGGUGAGGAGGUGAAGGACGCGGAGACCGGAGAGAGGGAGAUGGCGCUCACCAUGAGGGCCGUCGUUUCGAUCAGCCCCCUCCAUCAGCCUCUGUCAGCCUUGCCUCCGUCACCCAAAACGUCGUCGUCAUCGUCGUCAUCGUCGUCAUCAUCAUCGUCAACGUCGUCAACAGAAUCGGCAACCUCGUCUAGCGAUGACGACGAUGUUGACGACGAUGACGACGACGAUGACGACGAUGACGACGAUGACGAUGACGACGAUGACGAUGACGACGAUGACGUCACCCCACCGCCCGCGGCGACAGCCGUGGCGAGGGUGGUGAGGGUGGUGAGUAAGUUGGCGCCACGCUCCUCACCACUGCUGCCACGCUCCUCACCACCACUGCCACCACGCUCCUCACCACCACCACCGCUGCUCCUCACCGGCCUGGAGCUGGCGGGGCUGUGGGCGCUGCUGCGGCGCCUGCAGGCACUGCCUCAGAGCAAGCGCGGUGUGCCGGGAGGCAUCCAGGACGCAGACGCACUGCUGGAGCACGUGCAGGCGGUGCUGGAGGAGCAUGAGACGGACGACGCUCAGCUGGCUCUGUCCGGAGUUCCUAUCGUGGCCUGGCCACCACUACCCCUGGCGUGUAUGUCGCUACGCUCCAAAACCUCUCACCGUCAAACACCGCCACCGCCCGGCAGCUCCCCCGUGCCGUCGGGGAGACGAGGCAGUGGUGGCGGUGGUGGUACCGGUGGUGGUGGCGGUGGUGGCGGUGGUACCGGUGGUGGUGCCGGUGGUGGUGCCGGUGGUGGUGCCGGUGGUGCCGGUGGUGCCGGUGCCGGUGGUGGCUGCUCCUCCUCCUCGGCAAGGCACCGACGCACUCGCUGUAAGCGCUGCUCCGCCUGCCGCAGCUCCGAGUGUGGCCGCUGCCCCUUCUGCCAGGACAUGCGCAAGUUCGGUGGGCCGGGACGCAUGAAGCAGAGCUGCCUGCGGAGACAGUGCACCUGUCCCAUGCUCCCUCACGUGGCUGUGUGUGCCGUGUGUGGGCGGAGUGGUGAGGGAGGCCAUAGCCUCCUCACCAACGCCGCUCACCCCCCGCUCACCAACCAGGUGCUGAUGGAGUGCUCCCUGUGUGGUGAGAUCGCUCACCCAGCCUGUCUCAAGGUGGACGUGCACUGCGCUGUGAUCCACCAGAAACUCCCCAACUGCUGGGAGUGCCCAAAGUGCAACAAGGGAGCUGCACCCAUCACGAGAAGAGUCGCAGGGUUCAAGUUUGCUCCGGCCGGCCCCCCCACUACCCCCCCCCACAGGGCCUCCCGGAGCAGGCCUGGGGGUGUCUCCACGCCGUGGAUCGAAGCUCCCUCCUCGUCCCUGUCCACCUCCUCGUCGCCAGCAUCAUCAUCAUCAGCAUCAUCAUCGACGCUCUCUCGUUUGUCCUCAUCGUCAUCGUCCUCGUCAUCGUCAUCGGCCUCAUCAUCAUCAUCAGCGUCGUCAGCAUCCUUGCGGUCGCCGAGGAUCAAACCCCAGCAUCAUCAUCAUCAGCAGCAGCAGCAUCAGCAGCAGCAUCAUCAGCAGCAUCAUCAUCAGCAGGGAGUGAGGGUGUUGUUAGGCAGGAAACUGGUGCUGGUACCGAAGCUUAGGCAGUCUGCAUCAUCAUCAGCAGCAGCAGCAGCAGCAGCAUCAGCGGUAUUGUCAUCAUCAGCAGCAUCGGCAAUAUCAUCAUCAGCAGCAGCAUCAUCAGCGGCGGUGGCAGCGUCCGCAGCAGCGGCAACAGCCGAGGGGGUGAAAGUGGAAGCAGCAACGGCAUCAGCAGCAGCAUCAGCAGCAGCAUCAGCAGCAGCAUCAGCAUCAGCGAGGCCGCAGAAGCGCUCCCUGGUGGAGGAGCCCCUCCCCCACAACGGGGGUGGGGGCCACCGCCCCCCCCAAGCCGGCAGGGAGCAGCCCCCACCGAAGAGGGGGCGGGGCCGGGGGCGGGGGGUGGGGGCCGGGGGGGGGCCGGAGACGCUGAUGGUCAAGAGGCUGCGCUCGGAGGACAGGGGAGAAGGAAUCUUGGCUGACAGACUUCGCAAUCGCCUCAGGCAACAGCAGCAGCAGCAGCAGCAUCAUCAUCGGCAUCGGCAGCAGCAGCAGCAGCAUCGGCAUCAGCAGCAUCAUCAGCAGAGCCCAGGGCUACGAGGUACAGACGCACUCAGCCUCUACCGCAUCCCCAAGAAGAUGAGAGGUGGUGGUCGUGGUAGCGGUGGUGGUGGUGGUGGAGACAUCGCCGUUGAAAUCGACAGGGUGGACAGUCCCACUGCAGCAGCAACAACAACAACAACCAUCGCAGCAACAACAACAACAGCCGCUGCUGCCGCCUCAUCGCCACCAUCACCACCGCCAGACGACCACCUGAUCACCGUGGCAACAACUACAACAACCGAAGCAUCAACAACAACAACCACCGGCAAAUGCCAGGACGCUGGAGCCGCUGAUGUCAACGGUGGUGGCGAUGGUGAUGGUGGUGGCGAUGAUGGCGGUGAUGGCGGUGAUGGCGGUGAUGGCGGUGGUGCCGGUGGUGGCGGUGGUGGCGGUGGUGGCGGUGGUGGCUAUGGCGAUGCUGACGAGCCGAGGGAGUGCGACGUCACGGUCCUUGAAGGUGACGGUGCCAGCGUCGGUGACGAUGCCAAGAUUAUGGAGAUGGUAGCCAGCGUCGGUGACGGUGCCUGGCUCACGGAGAAUGUGGCGAGCGUAGGGGACGGUGCCAGCGUCGGUGCCAUGCUGGUGGAGAUGGUGACGAGUGUAGGGGAUGGUGCCAGCGUCGGGGACGGUCCCAGCGUAGGGGACGGUGCCUGGCUCACGGAGAAUGUGGCGAGCGUAGGGGACGGUGCCAGUGUAGGUGACGGUGCCAGCUUAGGUGACGGUGUCAGUGUAGGGGACGGUGCCAGUGUAGGGGACGGUGCCAGUGUAGGGGACGGUGUCAGUGUAGGUGACGGUGCCAGUGUAGGUGCCAUGCUGGUGGAGAUGGUGACGAGCGUAGGUGAAGGUGUCAGCGUAGGUGAAGGUGUCAGCGUAGGGGACGAUGCCAACGUAGGGGACGAUGCCAGCUUAGGUGCCAGAGUAGCUGAUGAUGCCAGAGUAGGUACCAGAGUAGGUGAUGAUGCCAGCUUAGGUGCCAGAGUAGGUGAUGAUGCCAGAGUAGGUACCAGAGUAGGUGAUGAUGCCGGCGUAGCUGCCGGUGCCGGCAGGCUGAGGGACGGCGCCGGCAGCCUGAGGCACGGCACGAGAACCGUGCCGGACUGCGCCGGCAGCCUGAGGCACGGCGCCAGGCUCACGGACAUGGUGGCCGUGGUCGUGGUGGACCAGCUGAGGCCCGCGAUGAUCGCGGGCGCUCGCACCACCCUGGCGAGGAGUCGGGGGAGCGGCGGCGGCGGCGGCGGCGAUCGGCCGGCGAAGGAGGAGGAGGAGGUGGCGGCGGUGGACGUCGAUGAGGUGGACGACGAGGAGGGCGAGCGGGCGCUGCAGAAGGAGGUGUGGGUGAACGUCUUUCCGUUCCUCUCCUGCGCCGAGCUCUGCACUUGCAUGCGCGUGUGCAAGGCCUGGAACCGCUGGUGUAGUGACCGCCGGCUCUGGGUGAGGAUGGAUCUUUCCGGUUGCCGCCGAGUUUCCCCGGCCCUGCUCACCGCCGUGGUGAGGCACCAGCCACGCUCACUGCUCCUCACCAACACCAGCGUCUCUCACCGGCAGCUCGCCUGGCUCCUGGGCAGGCUCCCCGGCCUACGAGAGCUGUCGCUAGGCGGCUGUGCGUGGAGCGUGGUAACUGCGCUCACCACCUGUCCCUCCGCUCCUCCGCUGAGAUCUCUCGACCUGUCGGGAGCUCACGGAGCCACAGACGACCUCCUGAGACUCCUCUUCCUCCCUGGCGUGGGCGAGGUGAGGAGUCGCCUCCGUUUCCUCACCACGCUGGACGCGUCGGCGCUGCCCCUGGGUGAGGGGACGUUGCGGGCCCUCACCCGGCACUCACCGGCGCUCACCAACCUCCGUCUGGAGCGCUGUCGCUCACUCACCGACUCGUCGCUCGCACUGCUACUGGCUGUGGGCAACCCCACGCGGGAGCAGCUCACUCACAUCUCUCUAGCUGGUGAGUCACUCACUCACCUGGUGAGUCACUCACUCACUCACCUGGUGAGUCACUCACCAGGUGAGUGACUCACCUGGUAAGUGACUCGCUCACUCACCGACUCGUCGCUCGCACUGCUACUGGCUGUGGGCAACCCCACGCGGGAGCAGCUCACUCACAUCUCUCUAGCUGGUGAGUCACUCACUCACUCACCUGGUGAGUCACUCACCUGGUGACUCACUCACAUCUCUCUAGCUGGUGAGUCACUCACUCACCUGGUGAGUCACUCACCUGGUGAGUCACUCACCUGGUGAG